AUGCCACGUCUAUCAAAGGUGGAAUGGUGGCUUACCGACGAAGAGAAUAUUGAUUCGACUGCUGAGAUGAGUCAAAGAACAAUGUUUUCCCGGACACUUGAAAUCAUUCCAACGUCUGUUCAGUCUUUUGCUCUAAGCUAUUUACGUCAGCCACCGCGAUCAUCUGUCGACCGUCGCAAUAGCACAGUUCCCCUAAGCGCCCAAGAAGAUAUUUUAAGUCUAUCGUUCUACUCCUUUACCCAAAGGAUAGGCUUGGAUGAUUUCUAUCUCCUGGCAAGAGUUGACAGCACAAUCCUCUUGCCCCAAAACCCGAAGCAUGAUGCCACAUGGCCGAGCAUACGUCUUUAUCACCUUGAACUCAAAGAGCACUUGCCGUCAGGUGAGUGUAUCGCUCAAUUGCAACAUGGCAAGGGAGGAUACGCGUACGACCAGAAGAUCAUGGACAGAUUCGCUAUCGCUGCUGCAUCCUGCGCUACUAAAAUGCCAAGGAUUGAGGAACUGAAUAUUAUACACCAUGGUCGUACACAAAUAGGCAUCUGCUUUAACUCCAGGUCAGAAGAUGAGCCUUGUCUCGAGUUUGUAGGCCAGCCAGAUAUCCCCGAGGCAAGUGAGGAGACGCUAUCAAUUUGGAAGAAAGCAGUAAAGACUCAUGGACUGAAAUGGAACGUCAAUGUCACCAACGAGAUGGGCAAAGUGUACCACUUUUACUAG